AAGAGGAGCUCCAGCUCUGAGGACUGCGAGGGAACAUGGAGAAAUCUGAAGGACUGGCUCAGCAGGAGCGACUGCAGGUCUUUGCGGAGAAGAGGAAGAGGCAGAUAGAGAUAGAGAACAAGAAGAGACAGCUGGAAGAUGACAAGAGACAGCUGCAGCAUCUCAAGUCGAAGGCCCUGCGGGAGCGAUGGUUACUAGACGGUGCGCCCUCUGCUGGCCCAGAGCAGGAUGAGGUGAAGAAACAGCUAGAGGAAGAUGAGGCAAAGACCAAAGACCUGGAGGAGACCAUCAGCAGGCUAGAAAAGGAGAUGAUGGACUUGGAAACUGAAGGCUCGCUGACUGACACAUACAGCAAGAACACACUACAAGAUCAGCACAUCACAGUCAAAUGUCACAAUAGCCCUCAUCUGGACUAUGCUGAGAGUCUGUCAGAUGUAAUGGUCCAAGAGGUCAAGGGUAAUGGAAGCCCUGAAAUGGAAAGGCCUCCAGGGAAGCCGGAGGUGGUGGUGAGAGAGGUGUCGGCUGUUUGCAGCCCAACAGAGCCCGUACAGACUCUGAUGAGAGCAGCCAUGUACUCAGUGGAGAUCAAGGUUGAGCGGGACAAGGUGACCGGAGAAACCAAGGUUCUGUCUUCUAACACGCUACUUCCUGUUGACCUCUCUCACCAAGGGGUCAAAGUGUAUGAGGACGAGCAGAAAGUGGUGCAUGAGAUGAAUGGGGAAAAUGAAGUCCAUCAGCUCAGCUCAUCUGAGGUUGAAGAGCUCCUCCACAAAGCUGAUGAAGUGUCCAUGUUGUCCCAGACUGUCUCUGACUCUGCCGUCCCCAUCCUACUCCCGCUGGAUGUCCCCCACCAGCCCAGGGUGGAGAUCACAGGCCUAGAGGCCAAACCCAGCAGCACCAGCCGGCCCAGCAAGGAGCCAGUGUUUGCGGAGGCCAGCAGUGAGAAGCCGGUGACCAUGGUGUUUAUGGGCUACCAGAGUGUGGAGGAUGAGGAGGAGACGCAGAAGGUUUUGGGGUUGGAGGGCACGGUGAAGGCCGAGCUGGUGCUCAUUCAGGAUGGAGAUGGGAGACCAUCCCCCGGCGGGAACUCUACCCCCACCAUCAGUCCUGAAGGGGGCGUCCACGGUGCGGAGGCACAGACAGCACCUCCUAAUGGCAGCACUACCACCACCCAGCCCACCUCCAAACCACAGGAACCUGUGGGGAGGAAGGAGGAGAAGGCAGGAGAGCCAGAAGGAGACACUGGGGAGGUCAACAGCAAGGAAAAGCAACCAUGCAAGUGCUGCAGUAUCAUGUGA